AUGCAAAAUAGGUCCUCUGUUACCAAACCUAACAACAGUCUUCAUAAUCCGAAGAGGUCAGCUAGCAGUGAUCAGGAUGCAAACAGUUUUAUUGGUGUGAGUUUUGAAGACGUCAGAGCUGACAUAUACCCGCUAUGCAAAGAUCAGCAUGGAUGCCGUUUCUUUCAAAGAAAACUGGAAGAGCAGAUACCAAUGUACAGGGAUGCCAUAUUCAAUGCCGUCUAUGACCAUUUUGUAGAACUGAUGACUGAUCCCUUUGGGAACUACCUAUGUCAAAAGCUGGUAGAGUACUGUGAGGACGACCAGAGAAUGCUCAUUGUGGAAAAAGUCGCACCGGAUAUUGUCACCAUUUCUCUCAACAUGCAUGGUACACGUGCUAUUCAGAAGAUGAUUGAAUUUUUGAACCUACCUCAGCAGACCAGAGCCAUUGUCAACGCUCUAAAUGCUAAUGUUGUGACCUUGAUCAAAGAUCUCAAUGGUAACCAUGUCAUUCAAAAGUGCCUCAACAAGAUGGCGCCAAACGACAACCAAAUUAUAUAUAACGCUGUCUGCAAUAACUGCGUGGAGGUUGCUACCCAUCGACAUGGAUGCUGUGUACUACAGCGCUGUAUAGAUCAUGCUGUAGACAAUCAAAGGACACAACUGGUAGCUGAAAUCGUACGACAUGCUCUCACUUUGGUGCAGGAUCCAUUUGGUAACUAUGUUGUACAAUAUGUCUUGGAUCUUGGAGACAGCCGAUAUACCGACAGCAUGAUCAAGCAAUUCAUUGGAAAUGUGUGCGCCUUAUCUGUCCAAAAGUUCAGCUCUAAUGUGAUUGAAAAGUGCAUUCGAGUAGCAGAGCCCGAUACCCGCGCUGCUCUCAUCGAUGAAAUGGUCAACAGACUGCGGCUAGAGAAACUUCUUAGAGACUCGUAUGCCAAUUACGUGGUGCAGACAUCUUUAGACUAUGCUGAACCAAGGCAACGCGCACAGCUUGUGGAGUGUAUUAGACCAUUACUACCGGCCAUUCGUAACACACCUUAUGGCAAACGGAUUCAAAGCAAAAUUCAUAGAGAGCAACAAAGAGAGCAAGAGCGUCACUAUGUUGCAACUUCCUCCUAUAUUGGCUUGAAUCACCCAACAUUUCCUUUCAAUAAUGUGCAGCUCAGUGGUCUCUCGAACCCAAACCUGCAUCCGCAUCAAGUUAAUAACUUACCUGCCAACAUGGCGUUCAAUAAUGUAUUCGAAAAUCAAAUGGGUAAUACCAGUAUGGUUGGGCUGCAUAACGUUGCCAGUGCCUACCAGUACAUGUAA